AUGACAGCUCCAAUCCCAAUCUCCUCUACUUCCGAUAUUCACCAUCACCCUGCCCAUUCCCAACCAAUCUUCUCCCCUCCUCCUCCAUCCACCACCCCCGGUUCAUCCAUCUCAGUUUCACCUCAGACUCCCUUCUUCGCCCAAACCGAUGCCCCGGCUAUUGGACAUGACAAGCUGGGUGUAUCUACCACUCCCACAGCUAACACUGGCGGGGGGAUAUUCAAAUGGGCAAGUCCAUUAGGUAAAUCACCUACCAACCUCAAAGGGGGAUCACCAACCAAACAAAAAGGAUUUGAUAUACCUCAUGAACAUGAAGAUGAUCAUGACGAACACGACUCGUUUGAGUUUGGUGAUUUUACAACCACGACCAAAUCAUGGGUAGGAGGUAGAAGAACAAUGUCAAUGUCUUUACCUGUCACUACUGCUGCUAAAUCACCUACUCAUACAUCAACCAUCGCAACUAUGUUAAAAGGUGGUUUUGGAGAUACUCCCAACAACACACCGACCACCGCUGGAACACAAGGAAACUCGCUCCCUGGAGGAGUAUUGGCUGAUAAGGCUGCGAAAGGUCAGGGGGUGUUGAGGAGAUUGAGUUUGAGUGGACCGGGAUAUAGGCCCGCUUUCCUAUCCCCUCCCCUCCCCAGCGCACCUCUCCCAACAUCCAAUAACAUCCCUUCCAUCCCUGCUCCCGCCCCAGCCCCGGCACCGGUAUUCGCACCUGGACCUCCUCAGGCCGAACCUCCAAUAAACAGAGCGGUGACCAUCUCUGGAGGACCCAGUGCGGCAAGUAGGUCAAGAAGGUUCAGCGAGGGUACUAAGAAACGAGGUGUUUCUCCUAUGGGCGAACGGCUCUUGAGAGAUCACGGGCACUUUUGA